UUUAUCGAUUAAAAGUCAAUCAAUUCAUUGUUUAAUGUAAAUCAAAAACAUUAUAUUGGAUUAUCUUUCAUAUUAAGAAAUCACCACAAAUCGUCGCUAAUUUAGAGUUUUAAUUUCUCUUAAAGAAUGUCUCAGUCAGUGCGUUUCCACUAUUGGUCUUUAUUGCUAUAUACUGUGUGCGUGGCCUGCACUUCUCAAGAAGAUUUGGUGGAUUUCGAUUUUUCUGACUUAAAAGAAAUUGAUUGGAAUUAUGAUACGAACUCGGAUAUUAGCAAUGAUAGAAGUAAAAAACCUGCAAAGAUAAAUGAAAAUUUAGUACGUUUCAAUGAAGAAGACGAUUUAGAAUUAAACGAGAAUCAAGUGAAUCCAUUCGACUGGCGUGAAAAGGUUCUAAGGAAUGCUUUGUCGAAAGCGUUAACAAAUAAAUCUCUACGACAAAAAUUUGUGGAAGUUAUGCCCAUACUAAGGGUACUAAAUAAACAACAGCGGCUCGCCCUGUCAGCUUUAAUAUCGGCACAAAUUAACGCUAAAAAAGGGCAGGAAUUGAAAUUGGAACAGGUUCGUUUAAUGUUUGGAGAUGACAAAAAUCUUUUAAUACCCAUUGUUUAUGACAUAGCGAAUUUGGUGCGCAACUCUGCCAAGAAAUAUAUAAAAUUCAAUUAUGAUGUAAAAGAUUUAGCGGAUUUUUCCAAAUCAAAGACUUCGGCAUACACUGCUAAACAAAACAACGAUCACGAAAAUGAUUCCUUGGAAAGUUUCCUCGCCAAUGGGUCGCAGGACGUCUUGGAUCCGAAGAGUAUAAACGAAGAAUUGCAGACAGUGGAUGACAGCAGUCCGCAAAACUUAACACAGGCUUAUGAAGUUGUAACUAUUGCUGUCGAAACGGCCGAGAUAGCUGAUCCGUUGGAUAUCAAUUACGAGCUGCAAAGACAUAUAAAUUCUUCUCGUACUCGGCGUUCAUUAGAAAGCCGCGAAUUUGUGCACAAAUUAGCACGUUCCAUGCCUAUCGCGAUCGGUGAAGAAGAUUUCUUAAGAUCAUCUUAUGGACGUUCUCUGAAAUUGAAUACAACUAUAUUUGCUCAACCAAAAGAUAAUAACCAGCUAACGUCGCCUUCUAUCGAAAAUGAAAAGUUCCACGAAUCGCAAAAGAGAACAGACGAAGAUUCCAAGCUUGACUUGGAAGCCUAUCAAAUCGUUGAAGAUUUAGCUUUAGCCGAUUUAAAUGGUACUGAAGUCGAAGAGGAAGAUGUCGACGAGACGGAUGAUUCUUUAGAUAAAGGCACCGAAAUUGAGGAAGUAGUAGAUAUCUCAAAUAAAAAUCCUGAUGAAGUUCUGCCAAAACCAGAGGAGUUGAUAGGUGGCCCCCGUUAUCGUAUACGUAAACCUAUACCAGCAAAAAUUGUUGUAGCCAAACGUAAACGUGUGCAAGUUCGCGCCAGACCGAAAGAAGAACCGGGCAUUAUUUUGGGGGCCGUACCACCUCCCAGAAAUUGCGAACGCUUUACUGCUUCGAUGUGUAUAAAGACGGACGAUUAUCCCAUUGAUCAAAUUAUGGGUAGCAUAAGACGUCAUAGAAACGCGAUGGUGGCGCUUCUGGCUGAAUACAACGAAAAAUGGAAUAGUAUCGAUACAGGAGAAGAUUUUGACGAUUACACGUUUACAAAGAGAAGACGUGAAGAUGAAAAUACCCCUGGGGGUGGCAUGUGUCAGAGUAUUGUACGUUAUGCUCGCCCCCAGAAAGCACGUUCAGCUUCCGGUGAAUGGAAAUAUAUAGUAAACACGGGUCAGCACACUCAAACCCUACGUCUGGAGAAAUGCUCGAGCCCACAGGAAAGUUGUUCUUAUUUAAAUCAAAAUUAUCGUUCUCACUGUGCACAAGUGUACAAUUAUCAUCGCUUACUAAGUUGGGAUAAGAAUCGUGGUUUACAUGUUGAUAUCUUCAAAGUGCCGACAUGUUGUUCCUGUCAGGUUGAUGGCUAUCGUCAAAAAUUCCCACCAUUAGCCGGAUUAAAGCAAGAUUUUACCCAAACUUAUAAGGGCGAAUUAUAUCACGACGACCUCGACUAUAACGGUGAGGAUGAUGAUGAAGACGAUGAUUUUGGUUUUUCUUAUCACAAGCAUGACAGCACCUUUGACGCAAACGAAUUGCUGUUGGGCAGCAAUAAAGUGCGCAAUAAAGUGCCUAGUCCUACUGUUGGCUCAUAUUUAAGUCCGCCCGUUAAAGCGCACUAUGAACCAAAAUAUACUUUCGAUUCACAACGUGAUACCGCUUCCGUUAUAGUAAAGCCAUCCUUAGCGGCAACAACAAGCAAAAAUAACUAUUUGAGGGAAUUUACUCGACGUCGGCCCCAUAAGAGUUUUAAUGAACCGCGCGCUGAUCAGGAAUAUUCUCCUAGUGAACCACAUCCAGAAAGAGAGCAAGCAACAGCAGUCACAGCGGCAGUACCAUCAGCACCAGUACCAGCCGUGAUAGUUGGAUCCCCAGUGUCAGCCCUACGGCCAUCGCCGCCAGCACCGGAGCCAUUCGUCCCUUCACCCCAACAUCCUCGUUCACAUCCUACAAAUCCCGUAUUGAUCCCAAUGCCUACCAAAAGCCAUCAGCAAUUAGCACCAUCACUACCAGCACAAAGACCAUCUCAGACAGAUCCAUUACUGCUGCAUCGUUACCGCAGCAAUACUACACGACCCGUUCAACAAAUGUCCGAAUAUCUGACGGAGGUGUCUCCAAAUCAAAAACACGUUUUCGUCUCUCAUACACGAUCGCGCCAACACUCACCACCAGUGAAGCGACCAACAUUUCAGAAACAGCAGCAACAACAACAACAACAACAACAACAACAGCAACAAAUGCGUCAUCAGUCAAAACGACCGAAUCGAUUAAGACGACAUCGCAGCGGCCGGACAUUUAUGCCUUAAAUCCGGAACUUUUCAAUAAUCGUUACCGACUUAAGUACAAUAUUAGCUCCGUACAGACUUCGACAGCACCUCC